CCAUUUACAAUGAUGUCGACUAGCAGCACGCCGACGACGCCCCCGCCUUUACACAGAAGCUUUUCCAAGGGAAAAGCCCUUUUGCGCAGGCGCAGUUUGUUGUUUACAAUGGUGAUAAUAACAACGGCCAUUUGGAAUAACAGUGUCGUUAAUGGUGCCCCAGCAAAACUUGACACACUUGUAAGGCCUUUCCCAGCUGAUUUGCAGCCGCCUCUUAUCGAGGUCGACAAGAACGCCUUCGAUAGCUAUGGCAAUCCGAUUGAAUCAUUGAAACCGAUUGAAACGCCCGAUGGCCGCAAGGUGAUUAGCGCGCAAGGUCUACAAUUCGAAAUUCCAAAUUAUGCAUCGGGAAUCACAGAGCUAAAGAAGCCCUCUGAUGAUUUACUGCCACCAUUCAUUGAUCCCAUUGCCGUUGCUCUUCCAAAUGAUGAUGAUAGCAGCUCGGAAACAAUAGCAACCACAACCACCACCUUUAAGAGUCCCUCUUCUUCCACCAAAGUUGGUGCCCCUUUUAAGGGAUUGCCCCAGUACAUCAUCGAUUUGAAUGAUCCCGAUAUUGGUGGUCCGGUGGAGUAUACACCAAGUGAAGAUAAAGGUCUAAGUGUUAUUGCCUGGGAUUUAUUGCCGCCAUCAAGUGAAGAUCCUGCCGUUCUCAAUGAUCCUGCUAAGCGGAAAUAUAGCUCCCAGCUAAGUACUAGUCAAACGAGUUUUGUCAGCAAAACUAGUCAGCCAUUUGUGAGUUCCAGUGGAACAGUGGAUUAUACGACAACUCCUAGGACGACCACAACUCCUAGGACGACAACAACUCGCAGAACAACAACAACCACUACCACAACUACCAGACGUCCAACAACAACGACGACUCGUCGACCAACCACUACCACAACCAGAAGAACUACACCAAGAACCACAACCACGACGACGACAACUACCCGGCGCCCAACGACAACAAGAGCGACGACCCGCACCACCACUACUACAACUACACCUGAACCAGAUACUUCGGAUUUCCUCAGAUUAGAGGGUGGUGACUCCUACACCUUACCAGCUUGGUUGGCUGAUAUCGAUGAUCCCGACUUGGAUGUGGCCGUCGCCUAUGUUCCACCCGAAGAUAUUAGUCAAUACAAGAAUGAUACCAUUGACCGUGACAUUCUCCCACCUCUAGAACCCUAUACAGAUCUCAAUGUUUUGCAUGUAACACCACCAGAAGGUACCUACACUACCACGAAGACCACCCCAAGAACCACAACACCCAGAACUACAACCACAACGACCAGAAGAACUACAACUACUCCCAGACCGACGACAGCCAGAACCACGACAACUCCAAGGCCAACAACAAUCACAACAACCCGUUCUAGCUCCCAGCAGCAUUGGGUUCGGGCCAAGCCCACCACAUCGAGCACCGCCAGACCUUCAAGUUCAUUCAAUCAGUUCACCUCCUUUUCGAGUCAAACAUUUAAAUCACCCACCACCACUACCAAUACCUACAGCACUUCAUACAAUGGACGCACAACCACUGCACCACGUACUACUACCACCACCACUACAACCACUGUUAGGCCCAAAACCACGUCAGUCAAUAGUUUUAAUCGCCCUCUUUCCAAUACAGACAAAAUCGGCAGCAGCAGCGAAGAAACGACCAGUAUCAAAUCGACAAAUCCCUUCUUCAGUGGCAGCUAUAAACCACAGCCAUUCUCUAAGGCACCCACAACGACGACCACAAGAAGAACAACCACCACCACCACGACGACUACCACUCCCUCACCAUUGGAUGUGAAUCCAUUUGAGGCCACAAUUCCACCAUGGCUGGCUGAAUUCGAUUAUGCCGAUCUUGGCCCUGGCGUCCCAUUCGUUUAUGAUCCCAACGAUGAGGAAAUGUCUGUCGACGAUGACAUUUCACCGCCCUCAACUGCCUCCUCCUUUUCGUCCUCCUCUACCACCAGUGCACUGCCAAAUUUCUUUUCUUCCACCACUUCUCUAACCUCAGCUUCUUCUAUUCCAUCUAAAGUAACCAUUCCACUACCAUCCAUUGCUAGCGAACGGAAUGAUAAUACGUUAACGCAACCGCAUAAUGUGUUCGUACCGCCACCGCCUACCCAAGGGGAGGAGGAGGUCAACGCAGCAGCAAAUGAUAGCAAAACGACCUCAACAAGUUUUAACACAAAUUUUGCAGCCCGUUUCGAUGGACCCGUAGCCGGCAACAGCGCCAGCGACAGCGUCUCAACGAGCGAUGAGAAUGGGCCACAAAAAGUUCCCCUGAGUGCUGAUCGCGAAUCAUUCCCGCCAUUUAAUACAGCAAAUGGUUUGGCACCGGUGGCACCCACCAAGACGACCUUUAGCAAGAGUGGAGAUGGUAAAGUGAUAACCAAUAAUAUUUUUUUAAGUGGAGCAGCAGCUGCUGCGGGUACAGGAUUUGGUAGUGCUGUUACACCACAAUCGACAACAUCGAAAUAUUUCGGAACAACAGUUUCGGGUAAUGCUAUACAGAAGGACACAUUUGGUAGCAACUUCGCCAAACCCUCAACAGUUAGCAGCAAUUUUAAUCAAUUGACUACGUCUGGUGCAGCAUCUGGUUUUGUGACAGCCUCCUCAACAUCCAGCAUUUCAACGACAGCUACAGCUGCUGGUGGUGCUUCAGUUUCUGGCAGCAAAUAUACCGGUAGCUUUGGUGGUCCACCCGGUGUUUUGGCUACACAAGGCAUUGGAAAACCCUCGGGCUUUUCGACAGCAUCAACAACAACAGCAUUUACACAGACUUAUAAUAAAGCCUCGACCAAUCGCACACCCACCACUUUUGCCACCACAGUUGGUACAACUGCUACCGGAAAUCUAAGUGGUAAAUUUACUGGCAGCUUUGGAGGACCACCAGGUGUAUUGAGGCCAUAUGAUAAUGUGAAAACUGUUUAA